CAAGAAAUUUUACGUAAUUAUAUUUAGUAUUUUGUAAAAGGUUUUUUGUGGUUAAAGUUGGGUAGUUACAAAGUCCAAAAUGACAUUCGAAGGCGUAUUCCCAAAACGACGACAAUUGCCAAAACUUAUGGCAUGCAUGACGAAAACUAGUUUGGAGAAUAUGAGAAAUAAAGCACUUUUUGGUUUAGACGUCCUUGACGCAAAGGGAAUACGAAGACGAAAGUUACCUUUACACGAAUGUUUAAUAUUAGAACUAAAAGAAGCGGGCUACAUUGAAUCGUCCGAUUACUUACAAGACCUUAUUUAUGACAAUAUGCAGUUACUGGCAGAAGAUGAUAUAGGUAUUGUUGUUGACCUGAGAAAAAAUUUUGAAUAUCUACACCACAUUUCGAAUGUUCUACAAAAGGCUGAAAAACAAAGGGAUAAAGGAAAUACAAAAAAAGAAUGCCUAGAACUUCUUAGCUUGGCCAUGUAUUAUGCAGAACAAGGAAAAGGUAUUUUGUGGCUGGCCGAGAAGUUCUAUUUAGCGUCCAUUGCUGUAUCGAGCCAAUACCUAAUAGAUGGCGGACGUCAGAAAGGAUGCUGCAAAUAUCAUUACGCAAAAUUUUUACUUGACAAAUUUGCAGAAGCAGAUCCAGAAGAACCAUUUGUAAUAUUAACCGAAGUCAGAGAUAGUGCAAUUGGGAAGAACUGGUUACUGUACGAAGCUGAAAAUGAGGGUGAUGAAGUGCCAUCAGAUACUGUAUUUUCAGCCACUGCCUUACAAUUGCAUAGAGUAUUAUUAAGUAAAGCCAGAGCAGUCAGAAAGAUUGAUCCAGCCAAAGCUGAGAGGCUUUCACGACUAGCUGAAAGAAGAGCAAACGAUGCUAAACAAACGAGCAAAACAGCUGAAGCCAUCAUCGAGAUAGGUAUUUGUCAAUUAAUGAUGAAUAACCUGAAUAAUGCCCAGAAAACUUUCGACAGAGCAUAUAAGAUUCAUACGGAGAGUAACAAUAUUGAAGGUUUAUGUGAAACAAGAAUGCACCUAGCCGCUGUAAUGCAGAGAUUAGGCGAGCAUGAGAAAGCAGCGAAGUUGUUAACAGAAAUGGGCGCCUUGGCGAUGGAACAUAAUCUCAGACGACAGUUGGGAAGAGCUUUGCAUCUCCUUGGAGAACUGCAUCUUAAGAGAGAACGGCCGGAACUUGGCACACAAUAUUUAUCUGAAGCCUUCGCUUGUUUCAUGGGUUUUGGUUUCCAUAAAUCAAACUCUGUAUUUGAUAUGAAUAUUAAUACUAAAACUGAGGGAGUCUUUAUAUACCAGACUCAUAAAAGUGAGAUAUAUGAAGAAGAAGCAGAACAGUCACGACUUAUGAUGGCAAUAUCAGCAGGUCAAGAACUGAUGGCCGAGUAUUUCAACCUUAUAAGAGAAGCAGGAACCUGUUCAAUAGCGCAAACAAAAACAAUAGACUGGAAACUAUCUAAAGUGGGCUGGUGGGUAAAGAGGGGACACCACGACUUACUACCCUGUCUUUGUCCUAUUCACCAUAGAACUCCAUUGGAUGCUCUUAGAAUUCAAUUGGAGGUAAAGGAAGCACUAAUAUUGGAGAAAAUUCAAUUAGAACAUUCGGAAACAAAUGCAAUGCUUGGUAGGAUGAGCACUGUCGAAGAUAUCCGUAUGCUUCGAAGUAGCUAUCAGAAAAUUGCAUAGUGCCAAAUUAGACGUGCACUGCAUACAUUACUACCAAUGACUUUAAAAACAGUAUUACUUUAGUAUACGAAAUUUAUACUGUUUUUUUUCGUUUGCAUAUUCUAUAUAUUUAAAUAAUGUUAUUUUUUUAUCU